AAUAUAUUACAGAAAGAGAGACUACUCUCGGUUCAUCGGUGCUAUCAUACAUCUCUCUCUUCUUCAUCAGUAUUAUAUUCCGACCGAGUCAUAGUCUCAGAUAUAUAUAUAUAUAUAUAUAUAUAGGUGUAAUUUAUUGGUACAUAAAAACGAAGAAUGGAAUCUGAUCAUGAGGAGGUUAUGAACAACAACAUUGAAAAUGGAAUAACGAGCGAUUUCCAAAAGGGUACAGGUGGUGGAAAUAAGGAGAUCAAUAUGUGGAACACUAGUAGUGCAACUGCAAGGACACCCCUAACCAUGUCUUCGUCUUUACUCAGAAAGAAGUCUGAUCCAAUUCUGGUUUCUAAGGUUCGCUUCCAAAUUCUCAGCGACUUCCUCACCAAUUUGCAGGAGGUCAUUCUUGGCACCAAACUUGCUCUUCUUUUCCCUGCUAUUCCGCUUGCUGUUGUUGCCAAUUUUUAUCACUUUGGAAGACCUUGGAUAUUUGCAUUGAGUUUACUUGGACUCACCCCACUAGCUGAACGUGUCAGCUUCCUGACUGAACAAAUUGCUUACUUCACUGGGCCAACAGUUGGAGGACUGCUAAAUGCAACAUGUGGGAAUGCAACAGAGCUAAUCAUAGCAUUAUUUGCCCUCCACCAAAAGAAAAUAGAAGUUGUAAAGUACUCCCUCUUGGGCUCCAUUCUUUCAAACCUCCUUCUUGUUCUUGGGACCUCUCUUCUCUGCGGGGGUUUGGCCAACCUCAAAAAGGAACAAAGAUAUGAUAGAAAACAAGCAGAUGUGAACUCACUCUUGCUGUUGCUGGGGUUGCUAUGCCACUUGCUUCCAUUGAUGUUCAAAUAUGCAGCAGGGCCUGGUGUUUCUGUUGCCACUAAUACACUUCAAUUGUCAAGAGCAAGUAGCAUUUUUAUGCUUGUUGCAUAUGUAGCUUAUAUCUUCUUCCAGUUAAAAACACACAGGCAGUUGUUUGAUUCUCAAGAGGAAGAUGAAGAGGAGGAAAAGGCGUUAAUAGGGUUUUGGAGUGCGUUUAGUUGGCUGGUUGGUAUGACAAUCAUCAUAGCUUUGCUCUCUGAGUAUGUUGUGGGCACAAUUGAGGCUGCAUCAAAUUCAUGGGGGAUUUCUGUCAGCUUUAUCAGCAUCAUUUUGCUUCCAAUUGUGGGAAAUGCAGCAGAACAUGCUGGAUCAAUCAUAUUUGCUCUCAAGAACAAGUUGGAUAUAUCUUUGGGAGUUGCUUUGGGAUCAGCAACUCAAAUUUCAAUGUUUGUGGUUCCUUUAAGUGUGGUUGUUGCCUGGAUAAUGCAAAUCAAUAUGGACCUUGAUUUCAGUCUUCUUGAAACUUCUUCUCUUGCUUUCACCAUAAUCAUCACAGCUUUCACAUUGCAGGAUGGAACUUCACAUUACUUGAAAGGAGUAGUUCUUUGCCUCUGCUAUGUUAUCAUUGCUGCAUGCUAUUUUGUUCAAAAAACUCCACUAAACCAAACAGGAUUUGUCAAGUUGGAUGUAGAAUUUCAACCACAUUCCACCGGUUUCUUGUCUGCUUGAAUGAUUUGAAAUUUGGGAUUCAUAUCCCAAACCAAGAAUGGUGGUGAACUGGAGUUUUACUUGUCAUUUCUAUUCAUCCAUUUGUUAAACCACUGAAAAAGCUUUUCAUUUCCAUUUUGGUUUUUAAAAGCGGCUAUUAGAGGGCUUAAAGAGAGUGCCAGAGCCAUAACAUUGAAAAGGGGGUAUUAUCCAAGAAAAAAUGGGUAUCUCAACUUGGGAGAAGCAAGUAUGCUUUGUACAUACUUCUCCUUUUCCUGUGUGUUUCCUAAUAAAUUAUUAAAGUUCCGUUCCUAAAUGUUAGUUCCAAGUGGUGGUAAAAUGGCAUGUUUAUUUUCAAUUUUUUUUUCCCCAGUAACCUUUUCCCUUUUGCAUGUAUUUUCAUUAGAGCUAAUAUGCUGCUGAAGCAGAGGAAAUGCCAUUUGUAUCUUCUGGUGUAAUAAUAAUCACUUAUAAACAACUCUGGAUCAUUCAACUUCU